GCUGAGCAACUGUUUUUGCAAACAGUAAUACUGGCGUAUAAAGAGAAGACUGCUCAUUCAGUAAGACUAUUCCUGAAAUGUGCAAUUGAUAAAGAUACUCUAAAAUCAGAAGCCUUCCUAUAUUAGGUGGUGAUGAAGUCUAUUGCAAGGAAGGGAAGAAGGAAUCAAGGAUUUUUGCUUGGCCUUGCUAGGCUACAUUCCUUGCACAACUCUUUCUGAACAUCUGGACCCAAUCAAACUGAUCACAAGCUGGAAAGCAGACUGUUGGCUCCUAGAAACGAACUUAUCUAGCUGAGAGCUUUGCACAACUUUAUUGUGUUAAUGAGAGACUCUCGGAACCUAAACAGCCAUUUUAAAUCUUUGCAAUGUUGUUUUGUUUAGUGGAGCUGAAGACACGUAAGCAUACCUUCCGUGCUUGAGAGAAAUUACACUGAAGUCUUGGAUGUCAAAUCUGGGGUGUCUUCACAAGUAUUUGAAAAGGUUUGGUUUAAUGAAACAAUGGCAGCCUUACAGCUCAAAUUUUUAUUAGUUUCAUUUUUCACAAGCAUCAUGGGAGAAGCACAAUAUUUAAUGCAGGAUGCUGGAUUGGUACAUUACAUCGACCGGCGAAUUGUCUCAAUAGAGAACAGAUUGAACAAAUGCAAUCAAGAUAUAGCAGAUUAUGUGGAAGAGUUCCGAGAGUUUUCAAAGAAAAUGAUGUCACGCGUAGAAGGACUUGGCAUUUUAAAGACAGAGCUUAAAAAUGAAGUGGAUCAUUUGCUAACAAGAGUGGAAAGAGCUCAGAGAGAAAUUGACUACUUUGAAUCUGCAAAAGAGUCACCAAGCCCCUGCGUGGAAGUCGACAAAGACCUACUGGAGCAACAAUUAGUGGAACAAGAAGAGUCUCGGAACAAAAUCAAGCUUAUGCUUAAUGCAAGUUGCAGCUACAUGAUUGCAAGUAUCAAGUCCCUAAAGAUAGUGAAGAAAUCUGGAGACAUGCAUGGCUCAUGGUUGAAAGACCCAGGCAAGAAUCACCACAAAAUUUAUUUCUUAACUGGGACAAAGAACAAAACUGUAAUGGAGUUUCCAAAUAUCGGGGCUUUCAUUGAAAACAAGAAAAAACCAUCGCCUCGGAGAAUUAAUCUUCCAUUUCCAUGGCAAGGAGCAGGACAUGCUAUAUAUAAUGGCUUUCUGUUUUACCAUAGAUAUGGUUCCUUAAAUGAGGUAAUUAAGUUUGAUAGUCAGAAGAGAAAUGUGACAGGCCAGAUGUUUCUGCCUGAUGCAGGCGAGGCACCUGUCUAUGAACUUAAUCCUUCUACAAAAAUAGACCUAGCUGUGGAUGAACUGGGAUUGUGGGCAAUUCAUGCAGAGCCAGGUGGCAGCAAAAAUUUGGCCCUUACCAAAAUCAACCAUGAAGCCAUGGUUUCAGAGUAUACUUGGGAUACAAACUGCAAAAGCCAGAAUGCAGAAGCAGCUUUCAUGCUAUGCGGUGCCUUGUAUGUAGUAUACAAUUCACCAGGGGGAGGCACACCUCGUAUAGAAUGUAUUUAUGAUACUUUAGAUGUCAUCAGUCCUUAUGAAAUUCCAACUAUUCAUUUCCCCAAACGCCAGACAAGUCAUUCCAUGGUGCAUUAUUACCCCAGAGAAAAGCAACUCUUUGCCUGGGAUAAUGCAUCUCAGAUCAUUUACAAGCUCUUGACAAAGCAAAAGAGCUAAAAGAAUAACAACAAUCCUCCAUUCCAUCCACCUUUCCCAGUAAAAGUACAGGUAAUAGAAUGGGCUGCAGAAUGCUAUUGUUUUUUUCUAUUUGUAUUGUAUACAUUUUAGAAUUUAUUUUUUCAUCUUUCUAUACUUUUAAAAGACAUUAUUUUCACUUCUCUCCAGUCAUCUAUGAGCACUGCAUAAUGUCUCUUUCUCCUUGCAAAGAGAGAUCGUUUUUGGAUGCAACAACCAUAAACAUUUCUGCUUCAGGUUGCAGAUCAGGGCAAAAGAACUAAACAACAAUUUGGUGGUGGUGUGGCUCUUUGGAAGCUGUUGGCCUUGAACAAGUAUUUUUAUUAUUACAACUAGCCAUGCUAGCUAGAAAUAAUCUCAGAAUUGCAUCCCCAAAAGUAUCUUUUCUAAAUCCAAGGAGAAUGGACCUGAACAACGAUUGAGGAAAGUGUUGAACACUUGUCCUCGUCCCAAUGAAGAAAAAUGAGUGACAUAAGUGUUUUUAUCACACAAACAGUGCACCUAGUUUGACUUUUCUUUCUUGCUUGUUCCUCUCCUGCCUUCCCCUUAUCCAAGAUAGUAUUUUCAUCUCUAGUUUUGUUUUCCUCUGAAUUUCCUGUUCUCUAUCCCAAUUCCACCCCAGACAGACAUCAUAAAAUUGUUUUCAAGACCAACAUCAGAAGACAACCAUUCAGUAAAGAGAAACCUGCCACCGUCUUAAUGAAUCGGCUGUUUACACCAGAAUCCUCAAAUAUGUCAUCUUUUCCCAUAUUCCCCAAGUCUUCGGAUUCCCAAAUUUUCCCUGGCUGCCUUGGCUAGCUUAUAUUCACACACUGGCAAAACCUUAAAAUAUUCAGCUAUGCAUCAUCUCAAUCACUUUGGCUCUCUCCAACCAUCAAUUCCUUUCUGCCCUGAAUACAUUUUCUUUUGACCUUAAAAUGAUAGUUUUUGAUUUUCUUCUGCAAAAGGCCAAGAUCUCUGAAGGAGAUCGCAUUCUUCAUUUGUAAAGGUCCCUGAUUCAGCUCCCAAAAUAAUCUGAAAUGUUUUGGAAUGCUUCCUGCUAAAAAUGACUCUAUGUCAGUCAAUAUAAGAAAUGCUAUAUGGUGCUGCUCCUAUCAUUAGGCAAGUGAGGCAGUGGUAGCUGAUAAGGAGCAGUGAUGGGAUUUUGGAUGGUAACGCCAUGCAUGCUCCCUGAGCCAUUUCUGCAUACAAGGCCUGGCCAUUUUUAACUCCAUAAGGGCCAGAUUUUUGGUCAGGCUUAGCUGCCUACUCAAAACCAAGCUACCUGCAAAACUGCAAGCUAAUAUAUUGCUUUCUCCCACUUCCUCCACUAUUGUGAAGAUAUCAGCUAAGAGUGAGCAAAAGUAUGAAAUCUUGUAUGGAGUUGCAGAUUCCUUCUAAUUAGAAAGUAUUGGUCUUUGUAGUUUGGUGAGGUGCUAGAAGGUCUCUGACUGAGAGUUUUAGCCAAUACUUCAUCAAACUGCAAACCUCGGGAUUCCACAGGAUGUUGUUAUAGCAGUUAAAGUGGAUUCAUACUGCUACAAUUGUAGUGUUAAAUGGCCCCUAGUGCUUUGAUCUGUAAGUGCAAUCUCCAAUAUAUCAAGAAUUGGAAUGGUCUGGUUCUCCAAAUGUUGAACUGCAAUUUGCAUCACCCCUUGUUUACAUAGACAACUAUGCAAAAUGCCAGGAGUUGCAACACAACAGCAUCUGAAUGACCAUACAAUUUCCAUGUUUGGACAUGGAAAUCCACUUUAUGACUUCAUUUGGGUUGUGCACACUCAGGACAACAACUACAACUCAACAGAGAUGCAGGUCAUGUUGUGUGGCACACUCACCUCUGUCCUCCAAGAAAGGACAGCUAAGGAGAAAAAGCUUGAGAAAUGGUCCCUGCUGAAUCCCAGCACACGCCACCAGAGAUGCUACUUGGUGCUCCACAGAAAGGCAUCUUGAGAUGGCAAAUGGUCAAUAUGGGGAUGCAGGGAAGAAACUUUACAACAGACAUAGUUUGAUUAAACAUUCCUGCUAUGUGCAUAAUGGAUCCUGUGGGAUGGAGGUGAUUACCUUUUACUAGCGGGGAACUUCCACACACGAUAGAGAAGAAUAAAAUGUAGAAGCCUCUUUCAAUGCUCUUGAAGAGCUAGUUGUGUGUAAAAUUCUAGUUCGUCUCAACAUUUAAGAUCUCCACUAAUAUAGAAUCACAACAAUUCUACAAUAUUAUUAUCUUCAGAGCUGCUGCAGCCAAUUCACCAGCCAGUAACCAUACAUCUUCUGAAAAGCUUCUCCUUAUUCAGCUAGGUUUUCCACUAAACAUUAGAUAUGCAGUUCUACCAGCACCCUUACUGAAAGGCUUACCACUUUGGUAAAAUCUGCUGCUGCCUUCAAGAAUCAUGGAUGAUCACUCUUGGCCCAGUAUGAUUGCCUUACAGAAGUAGAGUGUCCGUGAUGGGUCCAUAAAUGACUAUGAAGACCUACUCUGGAUCCACAUGGUCUUUUACAUUGAGGACAUAUUCCAUAUGGAAGGCAGUCACAACAAGGAUUUACUUGACUUGCAUUCCCCUUCUCUCUUUUGGCCUCUAUUCACACCUUCUCAAAAUCCAUAGUGCCAUUGGCAACAGCUGAUCCCCAGUAAAACACUUGAGUGCCAAAGCUUUCCAGUUCUGUUUAUAUCACAUUUUCUUUAGGUUAGCUUUAAGCCCAUAUUUAAAUCUCCUCUGUUGUCCACUGAAAUUCCAUUUUCCAUUCUUAUGCUGAGAAUAAAGUAACUGAUUUGAUUGGGCAUUUAGACAGCAUGGCCAGUCCAGCAAAAUUGAUGGCAGAGGAUCACCAUUUCAAUGCUGGUGGUGUUUGCUUCUUACCCCCUCUGAGUCCCCCUGCGGGGGUGAGAAGAGUGGUGUAGAAAUGAUGUAAAUAAAUAAAUAAAUUCUUUGGUAUUCUCCUUCAAGAAUACUACAAGUAAAUCUAGGUUCCCCAAUAGGAUGCAUGAUAUCUAUGUAUUCUUGUAGCUAUCUGUAUGCUAGUUUUCCUAAUGUAGAGGAUAUAUUUUUAAAGAAAUGAAAUAAAAAAUGAUAUAUUGGCACAA